UUGGCAUGGUUGCGCAUUACAGGAUCAGUAAUGCCAGGUGAUUUUUAGAGAAAAGAAACGAAUUUACUUAUAAUUACACUUAGAGUUUCGAUAUUUUAAUUAAUAAAAUAAAGCUUAAAACAUAAUGGCUAAACGAAACAGAUCAUCUCAGAUAAAUAAAGUAGUUGGGAAAAAUGCGCACCAUUCAAGACCCCAAACUGGUCAGAAAGGCGAUCUGAAAGAAAAUAGUAGUGGAGUGAAUUAUUUUCGAUCAUUUUUUGUUGUUAUUAUUCUGGUAUCUAGUUUUAUCCUGAUAUGGAGGAAUCAAAGUUUUGAAAGUGAUGUCGGUAGUACACAGAACAACGAGGCAGUACACCAAGAUCAAACUAAACCUGUCAAAAAACAAAAUAGUGUUAAACAGAUAAAUCGAAAAGCCAAGAAAGAGCCAAUCCAUGAAUUUGGUUCAGAUGAUUAUAAAAACUUCAAGUCUCAUAUCCUGAACAGAUUGCAAGUUAAGAAAAUCAAUGUUGCUGGAACAACAAUCAAAAUUAAGCAGUUGCACCAUCAUCACAAGGACACUACAGUUCAAGCCUAUGUUUUAGAAAAUUUCCUCAGCAUUUAUGAAUGUGAUGCAUUGGCUGCUGCUCAUGACAGCCAUGUUGCUCAAACAUCAAAACUUAACCCACUUCUUUGCUUUGAUUCCAUAAAAACAUUUAGACAGAAUCUAAAAGAAGUCAAUCUAAAAAUUCAGGUCAGCAACAAUGAUUUCCUACAAGGAACAACAUGUAUCAAUGAAAGUUUAUCCCAACUUGUGAGAAAACAUGGCAUGAAAUGGAGUUAUAGUACUUCUUUUUAUCCGGGUGAAAGUAAAUUUUCUCUUGAGUUGCACGAUAGAAUAAAACUGGCAACUGGCUUAUCACCGGAAAAUGGAGGAAAGUUUCAGAUUACUUCGUAUCCACAAAAUGUUGGUUACAAAAAUCACACAGAUUGUACAGUUGGUCAAGCAGAUAAGCGAGAUCGUUAUGGGACUAUAUUAGUGUAUUUGAAAGACGUGGCUAAGGGAGGUGAAACAGCAUUUCCACAACUUGGUUUGAGUGUGACUCCAAAGAAAGGUCUGGCAUUGGUGUGGAACAGUAUGAGUAAAGAUGGCAAGUGUGAUCCAACCUCUAUUCACAAUGCUGCCGAAGUUAUUAAAGGUCAAAAGUAUAUUUUACAAAGAUGGUACUAUUAUCAGAAUUUUCCAAGUCUUGGAAAACGAAUGACAGAACCACCACUCCCAAAACGAAAAGCUAACCAACCCAGAGUCUCGUGUGAUCAGUAUGAAUUUGGUAGUUGUCGAUGGUACGAUGAAUGGAAUUAUGAUCAUAUUACAGAAUAUGUUAGAAAUCAACAUAAAUAUGUGUAACACAAUCAUAGCAAAAAUCCGUAAAUUAGUUAUUCGUUGCUUAGGCCUUAGGCUUCUUAUACAAAACCUUUUCCAUGAUGACCUUUUCAUUGAUUUGCAUUGCCAUCCAAAUUACUGAAAAAAGCAAUGGUAGUGGCAUACCCCUAUUCCCAUUUGAAAAUGGGUGGCACUUUAGCUAGACGAGUAUGUCUCACGUCAGGACCACUCCCAAGCACGAAUUGACGCCGUAGAUGAGAUGAUAAAAUGAAAGGCUCAAAAAUUUCUAAAACCGUUUUCUACUAAGGGAACAUGUUCUCGCCACGUGAAGUGAAAACCACCAACGUGACUCAUUUCUACUUUUUAUCAAUCUGUUGGUGUUGGUGGUGGAGAACAAGCUCAUGCAUGAAAAUAAAAUAUAUGAAGACAAGAUUAUAAUAUGAAAUCACACUGUAUCAACCACGCGUG